AUGAGAUUCACUGUGCUCAUCGUGCUCUUCACCCUCCUCGUCGCCGCUCAUGCGAAAUGCGUGUGCCGCUCUAAUGAAGACGAGUGGAACAGUUAUAGGGUGAAAGUUGGAGAGUCCCUCCGUUUUGUGAGCGGACAGCCACUGCCUGGAACUAAACGAUGCCAUGAUGAUGCCGAUUUUUUCCAUUUAAUUAAUGGAACAUGGUUUGCUAUUCCGCAAAAGAAAGACAUUCGAAAAUGGUGGGCUGAGCUUCGGCUCUACAAGGACAAUGUCGUCUACACCAUAUAUAUUGAUGUGGUAGAUCGGGACUGGAAGCCGGAGAAUGGGACCUUCAAAACUCCGGAAACCACGACCGUUAAAAUUCCAAAACCAUGGACAAGGCCAACCACAGUUCGUCCGGAUUCUCCCACCACCAGAGUUCCAGCCGUAACUGGUUCAACAGAAAAAGUGUGCCGCCCACGUGUGACACCGACAUGGAGGACCACAAAGCUGCUUCCGACUCCAACCAGAAUGAUGCCCACCACCACAACUACCCAGUCUCCAGUGUCAUCAACAAGGACUGGAUUGGUCACGCCUCUGUUGUCCACUACCAGGACUCUCGCACCGACAUCUACUCCGGCUUUCACAACGACCACCACUCCGACUCUCUCCACGACCACCACUGAAGUGAUGACGCCAACUACAACAAUAACAAUGCCGUCAUCCACCCAAUCCACCUCAACCACAACACCCUCAACCACAACUCCCCUUCCAGUUUCCACAGCAACCAGAACAUCGACAUUGGGUUUGCCAACAACGACUCUCUCUGGAAGCUCGACCACUACUUUUGGCUGGUAUUUGGACUUUGAGGUGUCCACAAAUGCAGGGAUGAGUACUCCACCAACUACUACUCCCACCUCUUCGACUCCAACACCCACUUCCAAAUCGGACUCUUCCACUACUGCUGGUUUUGUGCUGGAGACAACUUUGACAAGUUCUACUUCUACACCAAUCACAACAAGAGAAACGACAACAACGCCGGGGACAACUAUGUCCACAUCUCCUGAUCCACUGCCGUCCACCACUCCAGUCCCAGUUGUGCCAGAAGACAUGUUUCCUCCUGGAUGGUUCUUUGGGUUAAUAGUAUUUGGAGUAGCAGUAGGUGUCGUUUUCUUCCUGGCGGAUUGCAUCGCCCGCUGCCGUGGAGGAUAG